AUGUUAAGCGCAGCACAGGAUAUCCUAUCCAAGCAACAUCGUCCAAUACAUUUUGUUGAAAAUGUUACUGAUAUUUGCAUUCCAGAAAUCACUCACCGAGUCUGCUCUCCAACAUCUGCCGGAGUUGUGCUUCUCUGCAAUAUUCUUCCUGCUCUCAUGAUAAAAUUAAUGUGUCCAUUUGUCAUGCAUUGGAUUCCAUAUGGUAUUCGCCAUCUAAUAAUAUGUUCUCUACAAGCAACUUCACUUCUUUUAACUGCUUUUUCAACUUCUGUGGUAACUGCCCUUUUUGGUGUUUGUGUGGCUUCUCUUGCAGGAGGAUUGGGCGAGAGCACAUUUCUGGGAUUAGCAGGGCACUACUCCAAGCACACCAUUGCUACAUGGUCAUCUGGAACAGGGAUGGCAGGACUGAUAGGAGCCUUCUCCUAUGCUGGAAUGACUGACGCCCGACUGCUAGCCCUAACUCCUACGCAGGCUAUGUUGGUUAUGCUAGUUAUGCCAGCUAUUUUUGCUUUCACGUAUGUUUUAAAUCUAUUUAUUCGCUCAUUCCAUUCCAAUCAGUCGCUUACUCAUUAG